AAAACCCUAAACUUCCAGCCAUGGCUACCCGGCGACUUCUUGGAGCCGUAGCUCGCCCUCUCCGAUUCUCGAAUCAGCCAAUCUCUUCCUUACCGAAUUUCGGAACUCUUACCCUACGCUCAAAGCUCGUUACUUUCUCUCAAUCUCCUCCGUCGAACACCUUAAAUGCAUUGGCGUACACGUCUAUCUUUCGCUGUUUCUCAUCUCGUACGCCCGAUUACUCUGGAAGCGAAGACGACGACGAGGAAGAAGAGGAUGAUGAAGGCGAAGUAGAGGAUAGCUGUGACGAAGAGGAUGGAAGCGAGGCGGGUCCGAAGUUGGUGGCGCAGGGUGGUAAGUCGGAGGCUGAGAAGCUCGAGGAGGCGGCUUCGAUCGGGUACAAGGUAAUUGGUCCACUCACUCCAUCUGAAAACCCGUUCAAGCCUUACGAACCGGUCUUUGCUGUUGUUCAGAUUGGUUCGCAUCAGUUCAAAGUUAGUAAUGGUGAUUCCAUUUUUGCUGAAAGGCUUAAGUACUGCGAGGUUAAUGACAAGCUGAUUCUAAGCAAAGUUCUUAUGCUGGGCUCAAGAACUGAAACUAUCAUUGGUAGGCCUAUACUACCUGAUGCAGCGGUACAUGCCGUUGUCGAAGAACAUGCUUUAGAUGCGAAGGUAAUCAUCUUCAAGAAGAAAAGAAGAAAAAACUACCGCCGAACAAAGGGUCAUCGGCAGGUAACUCAUUCGCCAUCUUUCUUACAGUAAGU